AUGAAAAAUUUAACCGAUUCUUUCGUUUACUUGGGUCACUGGCCAUCCGCCGGGAGUUUCGGGUUUAAUACCGAUAUUUUAGCAACAAAUCCAAUAAAUCUAAGUGUAGUCUUCGGUGUAUUGAUCUUUUUUGGAAAGGGAGUGUUAAAUGAUUUAUUAGAUAACCGAAAGCAGAGGAUAUUAAAUACUAUUCGAAAUUCAGAAGAACUACGUGAAGGAGCUAUUCAACAAUUAGAAAACGCCCGAGCUCGCCUGCGUAAAGUAGAAACGGAGGCGGAUCAGUUUCGCGUAAAUGGAUACUCUGAAAUCGAACGAGAAAAAGUAAAUUUGAUUAAUUCAACUUCUAGGACUUUGAAACAAUUAGAAAAUUACAAAAACGAAACCAUUCUUUUUGAGCAACAAAGAACAAUUAAUCAAGUCCGUGAACGGGUUUUCCAACAAGCUUUACAGGGAGCUAUAGGAACCUUAAAUAGUUGUUUGAGUAACGAGUUACAUUUACGUACUAUUAAUGCAAAUAUUGGUAUGUUUGGUACGAUGAAAGAAAUUACUGAUUAG